CGCGACAUAGAAGUGGAGACGAGAACAAACCCUCCACGCCCGGCUUCCUUCCCGCGUCCCCUGUGCACCUGCAGUGGCCGCAUCUACUCUGUACCACGACGCUUAUCAUGAGAAGACUUUCCUCUCCUCACCUUCCAUCCUUCAUCUCUAUUACCUGCUGCUGCUGCUUCCCCUCCUCCUCCUCCUCCUUAUUCUCCUCAUCCUCCUCCUGCUGCUUUCCUGCCUCCGUUCCUCCCUCCCUCCGCCGUGCAUCCAUCCCGUAAAGUGUCCCGGCACCCUUCAAGAAGAUUGCCUCCUCCUGUAUAACUUCUCGUCCCCGUCAGGCAGGUGUGAGUGAGCCGAGCACCCUCGACUCAUCCUGUGGCCAGUCACAGCUCAAGCUCAGCAACGGAAGGACGUCGCCGCUCCAUCUCCCUAGCGGUAUGAAUGAGAACCCUCCCGGCCCAGUGAGCUAGCAACCUUCACCGCGCCAGGCAGUGUUCUCCCACGACUUGAGUGUUCCGAGCCCCGAUAUCCCCUUCGUGCAGACUUCCAGAGAGACGAGAACAAUGGCUGAUGAAAAUACAAUACAGCAAACGGACCCUGAGAUUGUCCCAGUCCCCGAGCAGACCCAGGACGGCGUGCCUCCAGUGUGCAAGUCGCGACUGUUUACGUGGCGCUUGCUGGGGGCGGUGCUGGCCCUCCUGGUAGUGUUGGGGUGGGUCUUCAUCAUCGUUAUGCUCAUCCUUGAGGAAAAAUGGCAACUAGUAUUGGUGGCGUGGCUCCUCCUCUACUCCGCCGCCCACUUCUGCUACUGGUACUGCAAGCGGCACAGCCUCCUCUCCCUCCGCAGACAGAUCCGCCUGCGUGUGUUGACCCGCAUUGGCGAGUCCAGCGAGAAGGUAGAUGACACGCCGCCCACUUACGACGAGGUGAUGGAUACGGAGGCGCCGCCCCCCGCCUACUUUACCGUCGUUGAAGAAACUCAGAAGGCCUCCGGCUCCUCCUCAUCCCUCGAAAGCAUGUCCGCCCCAGCGAUGGGCGUGGCCACAGUCUCCGGCAUGGUGCACCAGGAUGCCGCAGCCACCGAGGCGAAAGAGUACCUGCAGCGUCCCCCGGCGUACCAGACGCCGAGGCAUAUGAGGAAGAUUUCGCCGCGGAUAUUGCCCGGGGUGCACCAGCUCCGCGCACCCACGGACUCCGCCGUCACAGCCACCGCCGCCGCCACAGCCAUCGCCACAGUGGCCGCCGCCGUCACUGCCACCACGCCCACCCAAGUCGCUGACGAGACGGAGGCGCUGGAGGAGGAUCCGAUCCGAGGCCCUAUCGUGAGGCACUUGAGGUCGACGACCAUCGCUACGUUGGAUGUGUCGUCGACCGAAGACGUGACUCCGUCAGUAACAAGAAGCGCCUCUGGGCACGAUGACGAGGAAAUUGACCUUCAGGCACCGACCACCGCCAUCCCAGGCUUCCCCUAGACUUACAGUGCCAUGGACUAAAUUAUAUGAUAAAUUAUACAAACAUUGCGGGUGAUAACAUGUACAAACUAUUUGUACUGUGCAACGGUGUACAAAUUUAGUCGUCAUUGUCAUGAUUGUGAUCAUGCGCUCAAGGCCAUUCUUGUUACCAUUUAGUAUUAAGGUUAUUAUUAAUAAUGUUACUCUUUGUGUUGUUGCCUUGUUGUGGCGCCGCGCCUUCGCUGCGCCUUGUGAACAAAGGUUCUGUGAUGCCUGUAUAUACGAUAUACUUAUUUGUAUUUUACUACACAACAAAAGCUUCAUAAAAAUUAUUAAAUAUGCAAAGAAAUUA